CGGUUCUGGUAUUUAGUAUUAGGGAAAAGUUCGAGUGCGUGACCGGGUCAGCUAUGUCUUGAAGGCGCAAGACACACUUGACAUUGGCGUGUGUAGUCUUUGGGACAUGGACUGGGCGGAAAGGCCUGGUUAAGUUCUUAGGCAAACAUAACGGAACCGAAAAAAGGCGUUGCCAUGACUUUCAGAAGAUGCCUUGGAGACUGGAAAAACGAGUCCUGAGACGCUGACGUCAUGAAAUCGAUGACCCUUCGAUGGCUUUGCCUGCUCUGCAUAAGCCUCCCUGUACUAUUCUGGUUCAGCCAUGUGAUCACACGGGAGGGUUCAGCCCGCGUCGCGAAGCAAAGUGUUGGACUACGGGGAUACGUGAGGGUCAGCCCGGACACCGCGGAACAGUUCUUGAACGUGCACUUCAACCAGUGUGCCUUAGUUUCCAGUUCCGGCCAGAUGCUCGGAGCGGGCCUGGGCGCCGACAUCGACAAAAUCCAGUGCGUGAUCCGCAUGAACAACGCUCCCACCUUGGGCUACGAGAAGGACGUGGGCAACCGAACGAGCGUGCGGGUGGUGUCCCACACCAGCGUCCCGCACCUGGUGAAGAACCAGCGCUACUACUUUGAAGAAGCGGCCAACACCACGUAUGUGUUCUGGGGUCCGCAGAGGAAGAUGAGGACGGACGGGAAAGGCGGCGUCUUCAACACUCUCCUGAGGAUAGCAAAGACGUAUCCCGAUGUCCGGAUGUACGCCAUGACGCAGGAAAGAGUGGAGCACUGUGACCAAAUCUUUCAGAAUGAAACCGGAAAAAACAGGUUGAAGUCGGGAGCGUAUCUCAGCACGGGAUUCUUCACGAUGAUUCUUGCUAUGGAAAUGUGCGACAGCAUCCGCGUGUAUGGCAUGAUCAACACCGACUACUGCAGUGGAACCAAUCACAGCGGGGCCUCCUACCAUUACUACGAGCGGGGCAAGAUGGACGAAUGCCGCAUGUACAGAAUGAACGAGCGGACGCAGCACGGCGGACACCGCUUCAUCACGGAGAAAGCCAUUUACGCCAAGUGGGCUUCGAGUCACAAGAUGGAGUUUCAACAUCCUUCUUGGAAUAUUUCCAAUUUAAAACUAUCCUGACUCGCUUCGGUGGAUUUCUAGCAGGAAGUUGUCAUAAAAGCACCACCCUGACGAUCACUUAAAUUACAGAAAGCUGAAAUGUGCACAAAUUUUUUUUUUAAGAGAUGUGCAUUUCUUAACUACUAUUUUGCACAAUUUACUGCUGCUUUUUUCCUAAAUAUUAAUUUUCUUAGACUUAGCUGAGAUAGACACCAGCGCCCCUAGCGACCCCAAAGAGAAUAAGUGGUAGAAAAUGGAUGGAUGGAUGGAUGGAUGGACUUUAAAGUGCAACAGGGUGUGGACUUUAAUGCCAUGAUGGGUAUUGUUGUAAUGUUAUAUGAGCAUUUCAUAGGAAUACAGUCUAGUAUCUGUCUCACGAGAUCAAAUACUCAAGUUAUUUUUUUGAGCCUAAAAAGACACCAAUUUUACUGAAGUGUAAAACCAGUCCGAUGGAAGCGUUAUAAAGAAAUAUUGAAGGAUAAGGAGGCUAAGGAAGUCAAAAAAUAAGAAUAAUUUAGCAUAGAUCAGGGUUAGCUUUGAUACAUUUUCAACUUUAAAGAUGCAAAAAGCAAUCCAAUGUAGGUCAAUACAUGCUUUGAUUUAUAGCUGACACAGCAAAUUAGUGUAAUGUCUAAUUAGGGCUGUCAAAUAUAUUUAAUCGCGAUUAAUGAAAUUUACUAUAGGAAUUAAUCGGGGAUAUCAUUUUUUUUAUCUUUCAAAAGUGUGCCUUAGAUCAGUGGUUCUUAACUGUUUGGACCCGGGAACCCACUGAAUGAGUAAUCCUAAUCUUGAUUUUAAUCAUAUAUUAUUAUAUUAUAUCUAACCAACUUACUUCUCAGUUUUGUCAAAUGAUAUGAAGCUAUGUGGUAAUUACCUAAAUUAUUAUCAAGACUUAAGUCAGGCUGAUUACAAAAUAAAUACUAAUCAAACAUACAGCCCUCUUAAAACGGAUGAAAAAUACAAUCACGCAGUGCUGAAAUGAAUACAUUCCAACUAAAUUGGUAAUGAAUAAUAACACGUUUCAUAAUUAAACUCUUAAUACAAUUAAAGUGCAAAUGAAAAAACAGCUUUAGCACUUCAGUCAUAUUUUUUGCACUUAAGAAACUUCUGUCUGACUUUAGCGCUGGACUUCUUCUGUUUGUUUGAUAUUGUCAUUACUGCCACAAGUGGUGGAAAAAUGUAUUACAACUGAGUACCGCAUAUUGUGAAGUGAAUUGUGAAUUAUAUUUAUAUAGCGCUUUUCUCAAGUGACUCAAAGCGCUUUACAUAGUGACACCCAAUAUCUAAGUUACAUUUAAACCAGUGUGGGUGGCACUGGGAGCAGGUGGGUAAAGUGUCUUGCCCAAGGACACAACGGCAGUGACUAGGAUGGCACAAGCGGGAAUCGAACCUGCAACCCUCAAGUUGCUGACACGGCCACUCUACCAACUGAGCUAUGCCGCCCCGCUGAGAAACAUAUCACGGCCCAAAAAUGGACCCUGGCCUUAUGGUUAAGAAACUCUGCACUAGGUCAUUAUUAAGUUUCUAAUACCAUCAACAUGGCAUUGGACACUUUGUAUUCUGCAAACGUUAGUUCAAUAAACAUGCUAUUUUAAACCGCACAUUACAAAAUAGAAACUAACACUCUCUCACACACACACACACACACACACACACACGUACUCUCUCACUAUUUAAAAAAACUGUUUUGGGAGGCCACUCUUUUUUUCUUUGUCUAUUUUUCUGCUCUGCAUUUGUCACUGUUCGUUGCUGCGCCGCAGGUGCGUUUUCCCGCAUUUACGGUGUGGGGACACAAAAAAUUGGGCCGCUAUAGGAAAUGACCGUUUACUCCCUAUUGGGAUUGAAAGUGUGGCGUAAAAAAACAUUGUUUGAAUUGUGGGUCUUGCUUGACUCUGAGUAGCUUAUGGCUGAAUACAACACUCCGUGCUUAAAGUUUGUUUUUUUCUUUAGCAAGUUAUAAAAAAGUCGCAAACGUGGGCAUCACUUACAAUCGCUUCAGGAAAAAAAGAGUUUUGCCGAGGUUUUUCCUGGUUUCUUGCGUGAAAACAAAGCCGUAGGAAGUUGGAUUAUGAAGCUAAAAAAAGAGACUGAAUAGCCGCCGUGAGACAAUCGAACAUGACUUUUAACGCCGUCACCUGGUGCAUGUUGGUGUGUUUAUGGCUUGUUCACACUGGUAAGUUUGAAUCAAAUUAUGUUUUAUUAUGUUGCACACGUCGCAUUUGGUAAGAUGUUAGUGUUAGAAAGCUAAGCUAAGCUUGCUGCGGGUUACAAACAACGUACAUUAUUUGGGAAAAGUACCCCUAAACUUUAAAAUAUAUUUCCCACAUCAAUGCAGUGUGUUUCAAUUUUGAAACAGAUUUUUCCAGAAGACACCACACAGUGACAAGUUUACCUUUGAAAGACGACGUAUAAAAUGAUGUGGUUUUACGCAAACCCAAAGUUGGUUUGUCUGUGAGCCUUUAGAGCAGGGGUCACCAACGGGGUGCCCGCAGGCACCAGGUAGCCCGUAAGGACCAGAUGAGUAGCCCGCUGGCUCGUUCUAAAAAUAGCUCAAAUAGCAGCACUUACCAGUAAGCUGCCUCUAUUUUUUAAAUUGUAUUUAUUUACUAGCAAGCUGGACUCGCUUUGCUCGACAUUUUUAAUUCCAAGAGAGACAAAACUCAAAUAGAAUUUGAAAAUCCAAGAAAAUACUUUAAAGACUUGGUCUUCACUUGUUUAAAUAAAUUCAUUUAUUUUUUUACUUUGCUUCUUAUAACUUUCAGAAAGACAUUUUCAGAGAAGAAAUACAACCUUAAAAAUGAUUUUAGGUUUUUUAAACACAUAUACCUUCUUACCUUUUAAAUUCCUUCCUCUUCUUUCCUGACAAUUUAAAUCAAUGUUCAAGUAAAUUAAUUUUUUUAUUGUAAAGAAUAAUAAAUACAUUUUAAUUUAAUUCGUCAUUUUAGCUUCCAUUUUUUCGUCGAAGAAUAUUUGUGAAAUAUUUCUUCAAACUUAUGAUUAAAAUUCAAAAAAAUAUCCUGAAAAAUCUAGAAAAUCUGUAGAAUGAAAUGUAAAUCUUAUUUCAAAGUCUUUUGAAUUUCUUUUAACAUUUUUGUUCUGGUAAAUCUAGAAGAAAUUAUGAUUUGUCUCUGUUAGAUAUAUAGCUUGGUCCAAUUUGUUAUAUAUUCUGACAAAGUGCAGAUUGGAUUUUAACCUAUUUAAAACAUGUCAUCAAAAUUCUAAAAUUAAUCUUAAUCAGGAAAAAUUACUAAUGAUGUUCCAUAUAUUCUUUUUUAAUUUUUUUCAAAAAGAUUCGAAUUAGCUGGUUUUUCUCUUCUUUUUUUCGGUUGAAUUUUGAAUUUUAAAGAGUCGAAAUUGAAGAUAAACUAUGUUUCAAAUUUUAAUCUUAAUUUUUUUUCCUGUUUUCUCCUCCUUUAAACCGUUCAAUUAAGUGUUUUUUUUUCAUCAUUUAUUCUCUACAAAAAACCUUCCGUAAAAGGAAAAAAAAUGUACGACGGAAUGACAGACAGAAAUACCCAUUUUUUUAAAUAUAUACCUGUAUAUAGAUUUAUUUAUUUAAGGGUAAAUUGAGCAAAUUGGCUAUUUCCGGCAAUUUAUUUAAGUGUGUAUCAAACCGGUAGCCCUUCGCAUUAAUCAGUACCCAAGAAGUAGCUCUUGGUUUCAAAAAGGUUGGUGACCCCUGCUUUAGAGACUAGGGCUGUACAAAAACUGACUGGGUUGACAAUUGAGAUACAGGACAUGUUCGGCAACUUGCUCAUGUCUUGAUCACUUCCACCAAUUGUACUUAUUUUUUAAGACGGCGAGCCUUUGGAACAGGAUGCAGUUUGUUUUGUACAGUCCCUUGAGUUUUGACAUUCGCACGAUCUAUUUUAAUCCAGUUUGUUGCUCUGUCUCACAAUGCCGCUGGUUGAGUACAGCCAUGUAAACAAACACUUUGUCCAGGCGCCACAAUGCAUUGGGAGCCUUAUUAUCAUGUUAACUUUGACAGCCCUAUUAAUAUAUGUACAUUAUUUUUCUAAAUAUGUCAUGGGCCAAUUAAAAGAAACAAGCUGCAUGUACCGCCAUGCCUACUUUGCUUAUUGUUUACAUUAAACACGUUGCAAAAAGCUUGUUUUGUGGCCCUAAAGACUAUCUAAGUAUUUGUACAACUACACUCUACGUUCUAUUAUAUUUUGAACAGAAUUUAGAAAAAAAGGCUAGGUAGAGGGUCAUUUUUGGUCAUAUUUAAUACAAUAAGGCAGGGGUGUCAAACUCAAAUACAGAGUGGGCCAAAAUUUAAAACUGAACAAAGCCGCGGGCCGAGGUUGAACAAAUUAAUCUUUUAAUAGGGACCCAAACAAGUUUUUCAUUGUAUAUUGAACAAGCAAGGCUUAUAUAACUUUAUAGUGACAUGCAAAAUUGAGUUUAAAAUAAUAAUUAAAAAAUAUCAAUGGCAUAUCAAAUCAAAUUUAAAUGAAAAUUGAAUGCCUCUUUUAAAUUUGUAGCCUUCUGAGGUAAACAUUAACAUUACCUUUUUCCAGAGGCCAUUACAUUUGAAAAUAAAAUGAUGAAUGAAUUAACCAUUCAGGCCUUUUUACUGCUCAGUUAAUGUCGGGGCUCAGGUGGGUGGGAUUAGGGGGGCGGGAUUUGUUGGUAGCGGGGAGGUGGUGGUGUAUAUUGUAGCGGUCCGGAAAAGUUAGUGCUGCAAGGGGGUUCAGGUAUUUGUUCUACUGUGUUUAUAUUGUGUUACGGUGCAGAUGUUCUCCCGAAAUAUGUUGGUCAUUCUUGUUUGGUGUGGGUUCACAGUGUGGCGCAUAUUUGUAACAGUGUUGAAGUUGUUUAUAUGGCAACCCUCAGUGUGACCUGUAUGCUGUCGAUCAAGUAUGCCUUGCAUUUACUUACAUGUGUGUAGAAGCCACAUAUAUUACGUGACUGGACCGGCACGCUGUUUGUGAGGAGGAAAAACAGACUUGACGACAGGUGGUAGGGGACGCUAAAGGCAGUGCCUUUAAGGCACACCCCCAAUAUUGUUGUUCGGGUGGAAUUCGGGAGAAUGGUUGGACCGGGAGAAUUUCGCGAGGGGCACUGAAAUUCGAGAGUCUCCCGGGAAAAUCGGUGAAUGCGGCGUUACAGCGGCACCGCUGUAUGACACCGGCACUUACAGAUAUUGCCUCAAGGGCCAAAUGAAAUUACCAGGUGGGCCAAAUUUGGCCCGCGGGCUAGAGUUUGACACCUAUGCAAUAAGGUGUUCGGAUUAUGUGCUGUUUGUCGUACGAGCUGUGCUGGGUUGGGUUUGGGCUGAGGAGGUCAGGACACGGUAAAAGAAAUGUUUUAGCAUGAAAAAGAAAAAAAUCAAAUCCCAUCUGAACUAUAAACAAAAUAAACAGAUAAAUGUUUCUGUUUAAUUUUGCAAAGCAACUGUGAGUAGUAGGUGACUGAAAGCGGCCACAACAGAGAAAACAAUGUUUUAUUACGUCUCUAGUCUAUCACCUUAUUGAGCAAAACUGUUUGUCGGCCGUAACCACAACACACACAUAGCAACACUGGUCAUUGUCUGCCGUAUAAACCAGGCUUAAACCAACUCUUUGUCAUCUGUCGUACUGUAUCGACAGCAACCGUUCUCUCGCUCUCAUUUGCACCAACGCACGCACUCCCCGCAUUUCGCCAGUGAUGCAUUUACAGCCAUCCAAAAAGUCUGAUAACGCCAACACCAGACAAUGUUUCAAUUCCAGAUUGUUACAGUAUGAAUCCCCAAACAGAAGUGCUUUUUCUCCUGUCAUUUAAUAAGAAUGUUACUUUGUCGUAUGAAUAUUAAUCAUGGAAUGCUGUUACUAGUGAAGUGAAUUAAUUAACUCGUAUUAUGUUUUGAACAUGGUGAAUGUUUAUAAUCAUCUGGCAGAAAGCAAACCACCAGUUUUAAAUGGUAGGUAUUUUAGUUUGGGCACAUUAGUACUGACAUUUGUGUGUGGAUUGGAUUAGUUUUCACGGAAGAAUGGUGUGCAAAGGUCUAUCCGUCAGAAGACACUCAAUGUCAGAAUCUAAGAUACGACCUUCAUCUGUUCAUCUUCACUUACAUACAAACAUAUCCUUUAAUGGUCAGGGUGGGCUGUCCUGAUUUAGCACACGCCCAGAGACAAGAAGGAGGAAUAUAACAGUGAUGGAUGGUUUGGCUUCUCCAAGUUAGGAAUGCUUCAUUUUUGACCUGACCUCCUCCAGGAACUGCAGUCCUGUAUAGUGACACUCACUUGUAAUAAAGCAACUUUUGGUUCAGUAAA